GCCCUACUGCUAGAUGGCGACUCUAUGACUUGCGUCCAAAAUACCUGUUUAAACAUAUUGAAAUUCUAACCUAUUUUAACAAUUUACAAGAAUUUGAAAAUACAAUGUAGCGGUGUAAGUGACCUGCGACUAGAAGUAAUGUGGAAAGAGUCUGCAUGUUAUUCUUAACAGGAAGUUGACUUUGAAGUAUUAAAUAUUAAAUCCAUGAUAAAUAAAUAAAAUGCCUUUGUUUUCAAAUAAAUUCUCUCCGAAAAAGACGCCUACCAGAAAAGUUGGAGUUUUUUUAAUUAAUAAAGAUUUAAGCCCUCAACGAAUCGAAAAAGAGCUUGGACCGAACGUGGGUCCUAUACGUUUAAAAUUAGGAGAUCAAGAGACUGUUUUUGAGUCAGGUGUAUGGAUUCCAGAGUCUGGUAAGGUUGGAGGGACCUUUAAGGAAAACGAGAAGCUCAAGAAAGAGAUAAAAAGAUUGGAAGAAGAGAACAAUUUAUUAAAAUUAAAAUUUGAAGUGCUUCUCGACAUGUUGACGCAAGCAACAGCAGAAUUUAAUUCACAGAGAGAUGAAUUAAAUAAAUUAAAAAGAAGUUGAUUGCAUUAAAAAGAGAACUACCUUUAAUUAACUUAUUGUUAAUAAAUAAAUACAAACAUACUUAUAUGUAUUUGUAUGUACAAGAUAUAUUGUUUUAAGGCACAUAUUGAUCAUAGAAAAUUAAUAACAGCUAAUCACAGGGAACAUAACAAAUUCAUAUUUUUGACACCAUUCUAGAUAUGUACAGUUACUAUUGAUAAAUUGUAUUACUAUUUUUAUUAAUCCAUUGCAUUUUCAGGACAAGUUUUUCUUGUAUGUCCUAAAAAUAUAAACAUAAUUUUAAUAUAAUUACAAAUGUUAUAUACAUAUAUAAUAAUUUUUAUAUAUC